AUGCAAAAGACUGGCCUACUCUUUAAGCAUUGCUUAGAAGUCCCUGCAUUCAAUUCUAUAAAACGUCUUCAUUCAAUACCGUCGAUAAACAAUUAUAUCAAACGACAAUACGUAACAACAACAAAUACAAUACAAAAUGCCAACAAAGCUUCUGCAACGACAACGACACAAAAGGCAGGCCCCCCCUUGAACGCAUCUCGAAGAGUAUUGGCAUUACCAACAAAAGUAACUGAAAUGAAAUUGCGUUGCACAGAGUUCGAUCAAAACGGUGCUGUCAAAACAACAGCAGGAGAAUUUCUCAAAUCAGACUUUUGUCAGCAUCACUCACUGCUUCCUCGUGAUUUACGAACAAUUGAUACCUACUCUGUUUAUCAAAAACCCACCAUACUUGUUCGACCAGAAGCAAUUUUAGUGAAUAUAGCGCAUUUGAAGGCAUUAUUGAAGAGUGAUAUGGUGGUGCUCUUUGAUACUUACGGUUCAACGGACAGUUACAAUCAGAGCAUCUUUAUAUACGAUUUACAAGAGAGAUUGAGGUCGCAAAAGGAUGGAUUACCGUUUGAAUUCAGAGCUCUGGAAGCAAUUUUAAUAUCAGUGACAUCUUCACUACAGUCAGAGCUGGAUAUAUUAGAAAGCCCUGUGAAUAAGUUGCUGGGAGAUUUAGAGGAUUUAGCAGAUAUAGAGGAAUCCAUGAAUGGUGAUAAACUGAGGGACUUAUUACAGUAUUCCAAGAAGCUAUCUAAAUUUGAGCAAGAUGCUCUGUCCAUUCGAGACGCAUUAGAGGAAGUUCUAGACAAUGAUGACGAUUUGGCUGCCAUGUAUUUGUCAGACAAAAGAGCAGGAAAAUACCGGGCACCCGAGGAUCACGAAGAAGUAGAAUUACUAUUAGAGGCUUAUUACAAACAAACAGAAGAAAUUGCAGCAAAGGCAUCGACCUUGAGACAACACAUGCGUUCUACCGAAGAAAUUGUGCAACUUAUUCUGGAUGUGUCACGAAAUUCAUUAAUGUGGUAUGAUAUUCGACUGACAAUAAUCACACUAUCGGCCACUGUCGUAAGCGGCUAUGGUGCACUCUUUGGCAUGAAUUUACGAAAUUACUUUGAAAAUGACCCCUAUGCAUUUGGCCUCGUUUCCGGUCUUGCCCUCAUGUCUGGCCUGGGAGCAUUUGCCAUUGCAUUGAGAAAACUUAGAACACUGGCCAAAAUCAAACCUUAA